AUGCACUCGCCCCGAGUUGGCCGCAGUCCUCGCUGGAAGCGGAGCCCACGCGCUCGUCGUCGGGAGUGGCCCAACUUCUUCGUGGGGUUCCGAGCUACUUCACCGGAGCUAGUGGCGAAGGUGGAAGCGCUCCAGACUGCGAUCCGCGACGCUUGUCCCGAGGUCGCGCCCUGCCCAAGAACGUUGCACGUCACUCUCUGCGUGCUGCGUCUUCCCGAUGAUGCAGGUGCUGGCUAUCAUACCCAUUGA